AUGAUAUUAUCGAAUCUGUAUACUGUCUUUUCCAUCCCACAUGAUCCUGGUAUAGGACCGGCAUUAUGGACUGUCGAUACUCAAGAUACUUUUAUGGAAAAUGGCAUAUAUAAAUUUGACGAGCUUGUAAAGAGGAAAGGUUUAAAAGUGAUACAUACGAUCAACGAUAUGUUGCAAACGGAAUGCAUCAAUUUACGAUAUUACGGCAUCGAUCCACGUAUCGUCGAAAUAAUUUGCCAUGUUCUAAAAAAUAAUGAUUCCGUUCAUACGAUAGAUCUUACGGACAAUUGGUUGACUAAAAGUGCUUGUUAUUAUUUGGGUGAAUUGAUGCAAAAAAGUACCAUGAUAAUCAGUUUAAUUUUGUCUAAGUGUCGAAUUGGUCCUGAGGGUAUGAAAGAACUUUGCAAUGGUAUAUCGAUUACAUCGUCCUUGAUCACUCUCAAUCUUAAUUCUUGCAACAUCGAGGACAAAGGAUUAGAAGUAUUGGCAUUCGCUAUAGAAAAUAAUGAAAGCUUGGAGGAACUUUUUUUAGCGAAUAACAAUUUAAACAAAACUUGUACCGAACAUCUUUGUUACCUCAUAAUGAAUUCUAGAUCGAUUAAGUGGUUGGAUUUAUCUUGGAAUUCGUUGUUCGAUGAGCAUACUUGGAAAGCUUUGACCAGUGUAUUAUCGAAAAAUCGUACAUUGAUUGGUUUAAAUUUAUCGUGGAACGGGAUCGGUACAGAAUGCGUUAAAUAUUUAACAAUUGUUUUGAGAAUUUCGCAUCUAGAAAUAUUGGAUCUAAGUAAUAACAUGUUCACGAAAUUUGAUGCUGCAAACAUUUCGAAAUCUCUAUCAAGAAAUAGCAUAUUACAAGAAUUAUAUCUAGGAAACAAUCCUUUAGAAGCGGAAGGUGCUUUUAUCUUGAUUUCAUCGAUUAAUCCGAAAAAUUCGCCAGAAAGUGGUCUACGCCUUUUAAAUUUAGAAAAUGUCUGGGCAGACAAAACUAUUCUACCGGAAUUAGAAAUAAUAGAAAAUGAAAGGCCAUGGUUACAAAUCGUAUUAGGUGGUAUUUUAAGUAAUUACAUAUUAAUAGGACCAAAUGUUAUGAAAAUUUUAUUAAGAAGAGCUAACUAUGAAGCAAUGGCACAAAAAAAAAAGAAACUUAGAAGAAACUUUGGACAUUUUGUAUUAUCUUUAAGUGAUAAUCCAAUAAGUCGAGGGCAAUUUAGAAGAUUAAUAAGUGAAUUUAAAUUGAAAUUAUCUAAAUCACUUAUUAAAGAAAUUAUAAUGGCUUUCCUUGGACCAAAAAAAACUGUUGAUCAAGGACUUCUAAAAGCUGUCUAUUUAGAAGAAUUUCCAGAUACGAAACCUCCUCCAGUCAAGCCAUCAAAAGCGCGCAAAGAACAGGAAGAAGAUUUAGUCAAAAUAGAAGAACCUGAAAAGCCAGAAGUAAAACGAGAACAUAAAGAAGAAGUUAAGUAUCCUGAUCCAAAAGAAAUGGCAGAUGAAGUUGAAGAAUACAUAAUUGAUGACUUCUAUGAAGGGUAUUACUAA